AUUUUGAUCGGUCUGUUGUAAACAACAUUAACAUUGCAAAAUGCAGUCAGUUGACUGUAAGGAAAAGGAUACGCAAUUCCCGUAGUGUCAGUUAGGUGUCCAUUCUCUGUUAACCGAAAAUGUGUUUACGAGCAAUUUUUCCUCGCUUCAAACAAAUGUGUUACAUAAACAGAACGUCUUUGCUCGCCGGAGUGAGGAACUCCAGCUCCAGACUCACAUCAGGUUACAGAUCCAAAUAUGAAAAACGUUUGUCUAUGGAGCGUUUACCGAAUCACAAAUUACCGCAAGACUUCAUCGAAUACGAGUCUGGCCGAAGUACGUCGAUUGAACUCCAAGGAGAAAUUGACAAAUGGAAGAACGAUAAGGAAUCGAUGAGAGCUUCCGAAGCGAAUUAUAUCGAUUCGUCGCGAUUGAUGAUCCAUUUGGAGGAGGCCAGCGAGGAGGCCCGAGUGCAAAAAUGCAAUCAGUACAAUGUGAAGCUGCAUCCUGUCAGUGGCAGCGAAAGUGAAUUCUUCUUUUUCGUGGAGUCGGCUGAAAUGAAGGACCUCUACGCAACGGUCAAACAAUUCACCGAAUUUACUCUCGUAUCGAAACAAGGAAAACGUACCAGUGAUGGCCAGAUCAUUUUCAAAGAAGACAACAAAAUUUUUGUCGAACUGAACACCGUGGACGAUUGGCAUCCCGACCAUCUAUACGACAUAGUGUUCCGAUAUAAUCGAAACUAUUAUUUGGUGCAACACCAAGCCCUAGAUUUCGUGCGACGCCACAAACUUUUCGAUCUUCUGAUAAAUAAUCCAAAAUAUUAUUCAGCCACAGUGGAAAGUCGUACCGAUGAUGAUCGGAAGUACCAUCUGCCGGACGUACUAGAUAAUUUCUAUUUGAACGAAGAGCAGAACGACGCAAUAGUGAAUAUGAUCCGAGGCGACUACUUCCCUCUACCGUAUCUGUUGUACGGUCCCGCUGGAACUGGCAAGACUAAGACACUUGUCGCGGCAAUCUUAAGCAUUUUGGAGACUAGUGAUGACAACAUUUUAGUCUGUACACAGUCCAAUGAUGCAUGUGACGAAAUUACUGUUCGCCUAAUGGAGUACACAAAGGCUGACAUAUUUCGGAUGUACACACCGUCGAGAGAGACAGAUGAGAUACCAAAGUCCGUGUUAACAUGCGCCAAUUACUAUGAUGGAGAGUUAAAGUUACCGCCAUUGCAUUACAUACGCAGACAUCGUGUAGUUAUUUGUACACUAGCCAUGGCUGGUUGUUUGACUAGAGCCCAUUGCAGUCCCAAUCACUUCAGUUAUGUGAUGAUCGACGAAUGUGCCAGUGCUCUGGAAACAAUGGCUUUGGUGCCCAUCGCUGGAUUAUGUACGACAGAGAAUAACCUGUGCGCAAAGAUUAUCUUAGCUGGGGAUCCCAAGCAACUUGAUGCUCUAGCGAUAUCUCAAACAGCUGAAGAGCUGGGAUACAGCACGUCGUUUCUGGAACAUUUAUUCAAUUGUCCACUGUACAGACGUGAUGCUGCGAGUGGGAAAUUUAAUGCGAGAUUCAUAACUCAAUUGGUAAAAAAUUAUCGUUCUCAUCCAGCGAUAUUGCACGUUCCGAAUCAAUUGUUUUAUGAAGGUGCCUUAGUAGCAGAAGUAACACCGCAGAUAUCCGAUUUGGAUGUCGAUCUACCUGAGUUGAAUCCAGAUUUUCCAGUUAUUUUCAAGUCGGUUCAAGGACAAUGCAUUCAGCCAGAUGAUGAUACCAGUUCGUACAACAUCGAAGAAAUCACGGAAGUCAUGGCGUACAUACGAGCCAUCCUGCAUAACAACGACCAACUGGAUCAAUCGGAUGUUGGAGUGAUAUCACCUUACCGAUUACAAUGCGAAUUUAUUCGAGCUCUGUGCAAACGGAACGGCUAUCCGGAGAUUACAGUUGGUACUGCGGAAAGAUUUCAAGGUCAGGAGAGAAAAAUCGUUAUUGCAUCGACAGUGUGUUCACGUAAUGACACCGUUGGCAGUUUUGUGAGCGAUCCGCAGAGACUAAACGUUAUGCUAACGCGAGCGCAGUAUCUUUUAAUCGUUAUCGGUGACCCGCAUACGUUAAAUACGAAUCCACAUUGGCAUGAGUUCAUCAAAUAUUGUUACUCAAAUGGGAGUUUAAUUCAAGGCGACAAUCAGUUCACCUUAAGCAAUGACAGUGUAGAAAUUUGAUUUUGAUUGAAAUGACAAAAAUAAAG